CUGCGGUGAGGUUACUGAAGGUGACCGGACGCGAGCAAACCUCCAAAACCCACACGCGAACGCCUAGCUCCGCAGUUUCACGUGGAGGCGUUUCAAAAAGUUGUUUCGCACACCGCGGCUGGCGACCGAGGGAAGGAAGGGUGCGGCGGCGAGACCUCGACGGCGGCGAUGGCUGCGAGCAUCGGGAUCAUGGACGGCGCGUACUUCGUGGGGAGGGGGGAGAUCCUGCACUGGAUCAAUGCCACGCUGCAGCUCUCCCUCGCCAAAGUCGAGGAGGCGGCGUCGGGGGCAGUGCAGUGCCAGCUGAUGGACAUGGUUCACCCUGGAGUGGUGCCGAUGCAUAAGGUAAAUUUUGAUGCGAAGACCGAGUAUGACAUGAUCCAGAACUAUAAGAUUCUUCAGGAUGUGUUCAACAAGCUGCGUAUAAGUAAGAAUAUUGAGGUCAACAAGCUUGUUAAAGGGCGCCCAUUGGAUAACUUGGAAUUUCUUCAGUGGUUGAAAAGAUAUUGUGAUUCUGUAAACGGUGGAAUCAUGAAUGAGAACUACAAUCCUGUAGAACGGAGGUCCAAGGGUUGCAAAGAGCGGAGCUUAAAGGGGUCCAAUAAGUCAUCUAAAUCACUGCAAGCCAAUAGACUUUCUGGUCCCGAUUCAGCAGAUGGAGGUGCUGGAGUUGUAAAAGUGUGUAAUACUAUUGGUGAAGAGCAUUACAUAGAACAGAUUCAGCAGCUGUCUGAAAAGAUUGUGGACCUGAAAGUUUCUGUGGACAGUAUUGAAAAAGAAAGAGACUUCUACUUCUCGAAAUUGCGUGAUAUUGAGAUACUGUGUCAACGACCUGAGUUGGAGCAUCUACCGAUGACUAAAGCGGUUCGGAAGAUACUUUAUGCAGCUGAUGCAAAGGAUUCACCAUUACCUGAGGCUAAUGAAAUAAUCACCAAGUCACCAGGCUUGUUCUCAGAUGAAGCAGAGUGAGAUGUGCCACUAAAUGAGUUAAUUUUGUCAUCUAUCAUCCACAAGCGUAGUUCUGAAUCUGUAAAUGGGUAAAUAACAUUUGGCAUGAGCCGUCGUUGCAUGUCAAAAACAGUUUUCCUCCAAGAACUUGCGACUUGCGAGUAGUUAACUAA